AAACCACCAAAAAAUGGGUUGCGUUUCUUCGAAUCUGCUGGGUCACGACGACGAGUUCACUCAACUCGGAAGCUCAGCACUGAGUCACCACAUCGUCUCGCUCACCUCCUCCACCUAUGGCCUCCUCACUCUCGACCCACCACCGUCAAAUCGCCCUUCUCCGACCACCCCACCUCUCCGGUUCACCGUUGGCCCGACAGCCCCAAGCCCAUCUCUGGAGCCCAAGUCCACGCCCGCGCCCACGCCCAAGCCCGUCCGAUCCGGCCCGGAGGUGAUCAACUCGUGGGAGCUCAUGGCCGGCCUCGACGCCGACAGCUUCCGCUUCUCCUCCGACAAGGAAAACUCGAACCCAAACCGAAGCCGCAUUCUCACGUCGCGAAACGGCGACGUUUCGAAACCAAAGGCUAGUGUGGGCAAUCCCCUCGACCGUUUCGAGCGGAUUUGCCCGCCGGGCGGGGAGAACCGGGUGGUCGUCUAUACGACGACGCUUCGAGGCGUUCGGAGGACGUUCGAGGCCUGCAACGCCGUCAGGGCGGCGAUCGAGGGCUUUGGCGUGGCGAUCUGCGAGAGGGACGUUUCGAUGGACCGGGGCUUCAGAGAGGAAUUGAGGGAGUUGUUGAAAGAAACGGCCGUUGUUCCUCCGCGGGUUUUCGUUAAGGGGAGGUACGUGGGUGGGGCCGAGGAGGUUCUGAGAUUCGCCGAGGAGGGGCUUUUGGGAGAGAUUUUGGAAGAUUUGCCGAAGAGAAAAUCUGGGUCGGUUUGUGAUGGUUGCGGGGACGUUAGAUUCUUGCCGUGUUUUCAGUGCAACGGGAGUUGCAAGGUGAUUGUGAGGGCUGAAGAUGCGGAAACAAGUGUGGUUUCGAGAUGCCCGGAUUGUAAUGAGAAUGGCUUGGUGCUUUGCCCCAUCUGUAGCUGAUGAUCAUCAACGAUUCUACAUCUUCCAGCUCUGUUUUGUCUGGUAUUAUAAGUAAGAUGUAUGAUUUGUGCCUCAUCUUGUAUUAUAAGAAGAAUGUUGUAAUUGGUUCAAUAAUUAAGGGGGUGCUUGGAAAGUUGCUUAUUGAAGCUGGUUUAAGUUAAUUACUUGUGAGGGGAAAUGGGAAGUGGUUUAUGAAUGAGGAAAUUUUUGUUGAAGAACUGCUACAUUGUCAAUUUAUACAAAUGGGCAGAACUUAAAAUGCAUAAUUUUGUAGUAGUAGACAUAGUUUAACGGUGAUUCCACAUAUGAUCCCAUCGCUUGGUCCUUAUACUGAUGUAAUGUUCAUGGGUAAAAGGUCUCAAGUUCUAAUGAAAUGCGAGGGAGCACAUGAA